GCGGAAGUGAGCAAAAGCCGGAUGAAACAACAACGCGCCAAUUUUAUUUAUGCGUUACGGCAGUUGCUGUGUGAAGACACAUGCAAGAGAUUUAAAUUUCGGGAAAACUGCCGUGAAUGACAGUUUGCAGCAUGGCAGUGCCGUUUGUACAGGACUGGGACCUCGUUCAGACACUGGGCGAAGGAGCUUAUGGAGAAGUGAGGCUGCUGGUGAACAGACAGACUGAGGAGGCAGUCGCAGUCAAAGUGAUUGACACCUCUCAAGCCAAAGAAUGUGCGGAGAAUGUCAAGAAGGAAGUCUGCGUACACAAGAUGCUGAACCACCAAAACAUAGUCCGUUUUUUCGGCCAUCGUAAGGAAGGACCUACUGUGUACCUCUUUCUGGAGUACUGCACAGGAGGCGAGCUGUUCGACCGAAUUGAGCCUGACGUGGGGAUGACAGCGAAAGAUGCUCACAGAUUUUUUCAGCAGCUUGUAGCCGCAGUGGAGUACCUCCACAGUAUGGGCAUCACUCAUAGAGACAUAAAGCCAGAAAACAUUUUGCUGGACGACAAAGACAACCUCAAGCUGACUGAUUUUGGCCUAGCAACCAUGUUUCGCUUCAAAGGACGAGAGCGACCACUGAACCGACUCUGCGGGACUCUUCCUUACGUUGCCCCUGAGCUGUUGAGCCAAACCGAGUACAAAGCUCAGCCGGCAGACAUCUGGGCUUGUGGGAUUGUGCUGACUGCAAUGCUGGCUGGAGAGUUGCCGUGGGACCAGCCCUCUGAAAUAUGUCAGGAAUAUUCGGAUUGGCUUCAGAAGAAAACAUACCUGCCUCCUUGGAAGAAAAUACAGCCAAUGCCUCUUUGUUUGUUGUCGAAGUUACUGCUAGCCAAACCAGAAGCCCGUAUCACCAUUGCAGACAUUCAGAAAGACCGCUGGUACACUCAAGGUGUAAAGCAGCCAUCAGGUUCCCUGAGCUCAGGUGCCAGCAAACACCUUCGAGCUGAUGGUGCAGUCAUAUCUGGAGCCAACAGCGAUGAUAAGAUGCAGUUCUCCAGCUCCCAACCGGACCUGGCAGCAGGAGGCAGGGAAGCCACGCUGCUCAUCAGCCAGAUGGACGGUCAGGUCAGCUUCUCCCAGCCGACCAAACCUGAGCACAUGUUGCUGGGGAGUCAGCUGCUGGGAACACCGGGAGCCAGUCAGACACCAUGGCAGAGAUUAGUGCGCAGAUUGACACGUUUCUUCACCACUGUUAGCGCUGACGCCUCGCUGGCUUCCCUAAAAGAUGCCUGUGAGGGCCUUGCCCUUCGCUACAAACUCACUUGCACCAAACAGGUGACUGUGAGCACAUUGGACAAGCGCAAUAACAAACUCAUCUUCAAGGUUCACUUGCUGGAAAUGAAUCACAGAGUGCUGUUAGACUUCAGACUAUCCAAGCAUAUUGUGUGUGUGUUUCUUCAGGGCGACGGUCUGGAGUUCAAGCGGCUCUUCCUGAAGAUAAAGCAGAAGCUGUGUGACAUCAUCAGCACGCAGAAGGUUUCACAUCCUGUAAUAUGACCUCUCUUGUGAAUAUAAACAAACAUGAACUGACACUGAGGAGGUGAAGAACGUGUAUAUAUUUAGCUGUUCUUGUAAUGUUGUAAUUGUGUUCUUGUCAAGUUGCUGACGGUACUUGUACUGUUUUGUGUGUGUGUGUGGACCCUGCUUUGAUAUUCUUCACAUUUUGAUUAAUUUAACAAUAUAAUAUUGAUCCAAUGUGGGUCAAGAUAUGACACCCCUGAUUAGUUCUUAUGUCACUUAACAUAGUACUGUUCAAAGUAAAAAUAAAUGAUUUAAAAAAAAUAAGUUUACUGUAUAUACUAGACAAUCUGUGGUAACACUUGAAAUGUUGCAAUCUUGGAAACUACUGGACGGCCUUGCCAGUAGUACCGUGGUUUAGGAGCCGGUCGCCUUGACGGUGAUGGUGACAUUGACGGGUUCGUUGUCUCCUGUGGGAGUGGCUUGACCGGCAGUAGGAGAAGUGGUAAAGGGUGAGGCCGCUCUGGGUAAAGCCAGUGUUGGACCUGAGGGAGGAAAUCGCAUUAAUGAGCAACGCAAACUGGUGAAUUGCCGAUGGAAAGUGUAAAAGAAAAAAAAAAACGGGAUGCUGAAAUGUCAUUGUUAUUUACAUCUCAACAUAGCAUUUCAAGCAUUGUUCAUUUGAAUGUGUGUCCAUCUUGCCUGGGCUAGAUGAGCCACCCAUUUCCCCCUCCGCCCCGUUGACCACCUCAUCUUCUGGGAAGUUGAUGUUCUCCCUGGACUGGCUGUGUUGCCUGGAAAAGAAAUAAUUUGUCCUCAGCACACUUCAAAUGAAAGGGGACUAUUAUGCUUAAAGUAUCUUGCAAAAAUUAGUACAGCGCUCACAUUACAGCAACCAUUUGUAUUACAGUGUACGUUCUGAUGGGACAAUACCGA